AUGGCUAGCCAACCCGCGGAAAAGGGCACUUUGCCUUCGCAAUUCGACUCAGAACGGUCCAGCAGUCGCGCCCGGGAUUCCCUUGAUGGCAAGGGAACUCCUCAGAAUGAAAAGGCAGAUCUGAAGCGAGCUCUCACCAAGGCCGACUCCAAAGUGGUUGCUGCUCCUCCCAAGGCCACAGACCCCGAUGAGAUGUUCCGUCAUCUGCCACCAGACGAAGCCGAAGUUCUGAGACGCCAACUCGUUACGCCUGAACUGAAGCAAGGUGUUGCUGUUCUUUACCGCUAUGCCUCUCGCAAUGAUCUCAUCAUCAUAGCCAUAUCUUCUAUUUGCGCCAUUGCCUCCGGUGCUGCCUUACCUCUGAUGACCGUCAUCUUUGGCAACCUUCAGCGCACAUUUCAAAACUACUUCUACUCGGCCGGUCAGAUGAGCUACAACUCCUUUGUCGACGAAUUGAGCAAAUACGUUCUUUAUUUUGUGUAUUUGGCAAUCGGUGAAUUUGUUGUCACCUACAUUUGUACUGUGGGCUUCAUAUAUACCGGUGAGCACAUCAGCGCCAAGAUUCGCGAGCAUUAUCUUGAGAGCUGCAUGCGCCAGAAUAUUGGAUUUUUUGACAAGCUCGGUGCCGGCGAGGUGACCACUCGCAUUACUGCCGACACCAACCUUAUUCAGGAGGGUAUCUCUGAGAAAGUAUCUUUGACUCUGGCAGCUAUAGCGACAUUCAUCACCGCUUUCGUCAUAGGAUUCGUCAACUAUUGGAAGCUGACGCUCAUUCUCUCCUCCACCGUCUUCGCUCUUUUGCUGAACAUUGGUAUUGGUUCGAGUUUCAUGCUGAAGCACAACAAAAAUUCUCUUGAAGCUUAUGCUCAGGGUGGCAGUCUCGCCGACGAAGUUGUCAGCUCUAUCCGUAAUGCCAUUGCCUUUGGUACCCAGGACCGCCUCGCCAAGCAAUAUGACAAGCACCUUGCCAAGGCCGAAUAUUUUGGAUUCCGCGUCAAGAGCUCCAUGGCUGUAAUGGUUGCUGGAAUGAUGCUUAUUCUUUUCCUGAACUAUGGUCUCGCGUUUUGGCAAGGCAGCCAGUUCCUUGUGGAUGGUAUCAUCCCCCUUAACAAGAUUUUAAUCAUCAUGAUGUCCGUCAUGAUCGGUGCUUUUAACCUUGGAAACGUUGCCCCCAAUAUUCAGGCCUUUACAACUGCUGUGGCCGCCGCCGCCAAGAUCUUCAACACCAUUGACCGGGUCUCCCCUCUGGACCCCAGCGACGACAAGGGUAACAAGAUUGAGAACCUACAAGGAAAUAUUCUCCUUGAGAAUAUCAAGCAUAUUUACCCUUCGCGCCCUGAGGUCGUGGUUAUGGAUGGUGUGUCUCUUGAGAUUCCCGCUGGAAAGACAACGGCUCUUGUUGGUGCUUCUGGUUCUGGUAAGAGUACCAUUGUCGGCCUAGUCGAACGAUUCUAUGAUCCAGUUCAAGGUGCUGUCUACCUCGACGGUCAGGAUAUCAGCAAGCUUAACCUCCGAUGGCUCCGCCAGCAAAUGGCUCUUGUGAGCCAAGAGCCAACCCUUUUUGGCACUACCAUUUUCAAAAAUAUUAGCCAUGGCCUUAUUGGAACUCAGUACGAACAUGAGGGAGAAGAGAAACAAAGGGAAAUGGUUAUUCAGGCUGCCAUCAAGGCCAAUGCUCAUGAUUUCAUCUCUGCUCUCCCUGAAGGUUAUGAGACCAAUGUGGGUGAGCGCGGCUUUCUCUUGUCGGGGGGACAGAAACAGCGUAUUGCUAUUGCUCGAGCUGUUGUCUCCGACCCAAAGAUUUUGCUUCUUGACGAGGCCACAUCUGCUCUCGACACCAAGUCAGAAGGCGUUGUUCAAGCCGCUCUGGAGGUUGCUGCUGCUGGUCGAACAACCAUCACUAUUGCCCAUCGUUUAUCGACUAUUAAGGAUGCUCAUAACAUUGUCGUCAUGACUUCAGGCCGCAUUAUAGAACAGGGCACCCAUGACGAACUUCUUGAGAAGAAGGGCGCAUACUUCAAGCUCGUAUCGGCCCAGAAUAUUGCCGACGCGGAGGAUUUGACUGCCGAGAAAGAGGAGGAUAUCAAUGAGCACCAGGAGGAGCUUAUUCGAAAGAUGACGACAAACAAGGAAGUGGAUCCUGAUGAUGAUAUUGCUGCCAAGCUGCAUCGCUCUUCUACCCGGAAAUCUGUAUCCAGCAUUGCCCUCCAGAAGAACAAGCCUGAAGGCGAGAAGAGGUAUGGCCUCUGGACCUUGUUGAAGCUCAUUACUUCUUUCAAUGCUCCAGAAUGGCACCUUAUGCUCUUCGGCUUGGUAUUUGCUGCCAUCUGCGGCGGCGGUAACCCUACCUCGGCAGUCUUCUUCGCCAAGCAGAUCGUCAUCCUUUCGCAACCCGUCACUCCUGCCAACCGCGACCAGAUCAAGAAGGACUCGGACUUUUGGAGUGCUAUGUACUUGAUGCUCGCCUUUGUACAGUUCUUGGCCUUCUCUGCCCAGGGAAUUGCUUUCGCAAUGUGCUCUGAGCGCCUCGUUCGCCGCGUCCGUGACAAGGCUUUUAGAGCCAUGCUCCGACAGGAUGUCGCCUUCUUCGACAAGGACGAAAAUACAGCCGGCGCCCUCACAUCUUUCUUGUCCACGGAGACAACUCACGUCGCAGGUCUUAGUGGCGUUACUCUUGGUACCUUGCUCAUGAUGUCCACCACUCUGAUUGCUGCUUGUGCUGUAGGCCUUGCAAUCGGCUGGAAAUUGUCCCUCGUCUGCAUCGCUACCAUGCCAAUUCUUCUCGGCUGUGGCUUCUUCCGAUUCUGGAUGCUUGCUCACUUCCAGAGACGAUCAAAGGCUGCGUAUUCAUCGUCAGCCACCUUCGCGUCCGAAGCUAUCUCUGCUAUCCGUACUGUUGCUGCCCUUACCCGCGAGCAUGAUGUUUUGAAGCAGUAUCAUGAUUCGUUGGUUGAGCAGCAGCGCCGCAGUCUAAUGUCCGUUCUAAAGUCCAGCGCACUCUAUGCCGCUUCUCAGUCUCUACUUUUCCUUUGCUUUGCCCUUGGUUUCUGGUAUGGUGGUACCCUUAUCGGCAAAGGUGAAUAUGACCAGUUUCAGUUCUUCUUAUGUUUCAUGGCCGUCAUCUUCGGAGCCCAGUCCGCUGGUACCAUUUUCUCCUUCGCUCCCGAUAUGGGCAAGGCUCACCAUGCUGCUGGCGAACUAAAGACACUUUUUGAUCGCAAACCCACUAUUGACUCUUGGUCCGAAGAGGGCGAGAGGCUUCCCCAGGUUGACGGAACUCUUGAAUUUCGAAAUGUACACUUCCGGUAUCCAACUCGCCCUGAUGUUCCCGUCUUGCGCGGCCUCAACCUUACCGUUCACCCCGGCCAGUACAUCGCCUUAGUCGGUGCCUCUGGUUGCGGUAAGAGCACAACCAUCGCCCUCCUCGAACGAUUCUAUGACCCUCUCUUUGGCGGUGUCUUCAUCGAUGGCAAGGAGGUUAGCUCCCUAAACAUUAAUGACUACCGUUCUCACAUUGCCCUCGUCAGCCAAGAACCAACUCUGUACCAGGGUACUAUCAAGGAGAAUAUUCUCCUCGGUAGCGCAAAGGAAGUUGUCCCAGACGAGGCGAUCGAGUUUGCUUGCCGCGAAGCAAACAUCUACGAUUUCAUAGUUUCACUGCCCGAAGGUUUCAAUACUGUCGUCGGCAGCAAAGGCACUCUUCUUUCUGGCGGUCAGAAGCAACGUAUUGCUAUUGCUCGUGCUCUCAUCCGUGAUCCAAAGAUCCUUCUCCUUGACGAGGCUACGUCCGCUCUUGAUUCCGAGUCAGAGCACGUUGUCCAGGCCGCUCUUGACAAGGCUGCCAAGGGUCGCACCACAAUCGCCGUCGCCCAUCGACUCAGCACCAUUCAGAAGGCCGACAUCAUCUACGUCUUUGAUCAAGGCCGAAUUAUCGAGGAAGGCACUCACUCUGAGUUGAUGAAGAAGAAUGGACGAUACGCCGAGCUGGUUAACCUUCAAAGUCUGGCGAAGCAUGGAUAA